AAAUGGAGCCGAACUUCGUGUCAAAUCCAAACAUUUUAUCCCAGAUUUUUAGCAACUUGGAAAUAAAAGAUUUAAAAUCGUGCUCACAAGUGAAUUCAAUAUGGGACGAGACGGCUUCUAAGAUUUUGAAAAAGAGGGGAGUAGUUCAUUUGACGACUGAAACUAAUCCACGUUUCGGGGAGGUCAAUAUUUUCAAAUAUUUGAGCCGGGCGUGGAGAGGGAUGGAGUCAGAGGUUAAAAUAUCCGUACCGAAUUUGACCAACCCGAAGUUACCUGGACCAGAUGUGGAUACCUUAUUAGAUGCUUUCAAACAGCUUGCAAGUCUGAUUAAGGAGUUAAGCAUAACCUGGGGUGUAAAUCGGGAGGACGAUGCGGUUAUAAGCAACCUCACCACGCGGAAAAUACUCGAAUACUCCCGGGACAUGGAGAAACUUGUGCUUAACCUGGUUUUCAAAGCGGUUACGUGUGUCCCACCGGAUAUCCAACCUGUCGAAAGCACCUUAGCCGACUUACACUUCCCGCUGUUAAAAAGGCUCGAGUUAACGUUUAAAAACCCAUCCUGCUGCCCGGACAACGUGUUAUACAUCCUCGUUACCCGGUUUGUCUCAAUGACCCCGAGAUUAAUAGGAUUCAAAUGCAUGGAAACCACUCCGAGUGCAAACUUCAUAUCGAGAUUGGCAAGCAAUUUUCCCCGGCGAUUUGAGCAGAUUAAGGAACUCGCAAUUCCGAUCGUUCCCACAACGAGAAGUUUUCUUGAAAGGCUCCGAAAUUUGGAGAAGAUCGAUUUCCGCAUUCAUUAUUUUGACCUUCCGCAUUCACAACGUGAUUUGCGAUGUCAGCUUGCCGUGCAAAAAUUGCUGGAUGCAAAUCAAGGAAAUCAAGGAACCCUGAAACAUAUCAAGAUCGAAUUUAGGGACCCUGGUCCGACAGAAACUGGUGACGUGAUCAUUCUGCCGAAAAUGACGAACUUGGAAUCAUUAACCCUAUCUAUCACAUGGACUAGCGAGGCUAGACAGCACAAAUUUAAAUCUGCAUCUCAAACCCAGCAAUCCUUAAUCGCCUUUCCUCCCCUUGUACCGGGUGAUUUUGGGAAGCUAAAAAUUCUCAAGUUUACAAUUCAGCAAGGGAAACCUAUCUUUGUUAGAAUUGGAGAAGAAGAUCUCUUCCUGGACCAACUGGUGGAACGAAAUUUCACCGAGAAUCUAUUAUCCCCCAUUUUAGAGGGAAUGGAUAAAAUUAGCCUUCCCUCCGUGGAAAGCGCCAUUUUAGGAAGUUUCUCAAUUGUGGCGCCUCCUUUGUUUGGACAACUUAUGGAACUUUUCCCAAAUUCGGAACAACUGCAGUGGGAAAAGAAGCAGAAUGAGUCCCUUCGAAAAUGCGUCGGUGUUGCGUUGAUGUGUAUAAUCAUUUUUGUAAUGAUAAUAGGUUUGAUAACAGCGUUGGCUUAGGGAACGUCCAUAUAUUACGUUAUCAUUUUAAUGGGUGGGUGGUUUAGGUCUUGCUAUCAUUCACAUGAUAAAAAUAAACAUAUAUACAUAUACUUAUUGGAAUUUAAUCUGGUAUCGUGAUCUAGGUAAAUUUACUCGAACGAAUUAAUAAGUAAAUACUAAUGCACUUUUAAAUAUAGUCGUAUCCUUUUGAAAAGUAUGUACAUAUGUACGUAUAUACUUAAAUGCAAUUAACUAAUUUUAUUAGCCCACCAUUUCUCUUACAUAGGUUAAAUUAAGAUACAUAAAUAGGAUAAAAAUCAUGAAAUUCAAUUCACUAUAACUGGUCCUUAGCCUGUAUCGAAAGAUUAAAGUUAUUUAUCUUACUAAAAUUCA